AUGGGGAAGCAGAGUAGGCUGAAGGCGUCGGCCAAGGAGAAGAAGAAGCAGAGUCCCACCAUGCUGGUCGCUGAGCGAUCGGACAUGGAGGAGGUCCAAAUCCGUUCCGCGGCCGCUCCCACGCAAGAAGUCUCCGGUGGCCGGAGACGCGUUGGAAGGGAAACCGAUGUCGGGAGUCGCACCCCCGGCCCCAUCGGCGGAGGAAAUCCGGCAACUGAGGACACUCAACGACAUCCUGGCCAGGCGGAUGUUGGAGGCGCGGCAGGAAAGGAACCAGGACCAGAGCCUCCUCUCCGACCUCGAGAGCGGCGCUAUCCGCGCAGCCCUCGCCUCUCAGCUGUCAGAGGAGGCCCGCCGCCUCGUGCUCGUCGCCGAAGAGCGCGGCCGCGCCGGGGGAGCUGAGGCGGCGAGGAGGGAGGCGGACAGAGAGAGAGAUCUGUAUAUUGCGGAGACGGAGUCAAGCUGGAGCCAGGCAAUGGCAGAGGCCGAUAAGAAGAAUACAACAAAGUGCGAGGAGAUAUCUCUGUUGAAGGUGGAUCUGCAGAGGUUGGCGCGCGAGAAGGCGGAUGUGGAGGAGACCCUGCGGGCUGCUGAGGAGGAGGUCGGUGCCAUCGCAGGGAACCUUGGAGAUGCCAGGAAGGCGCUCGAGUUGGCGCAUGGAGAGAACGUUAUCCUCGAGAAGAAGCUCCACAGUCUUCUUCGAGAACGGGACGAAAUCCAGAAGGAGAAGAGAUCUCUGGAGUCAAGAGUCAUAGACGCAGAAAUAUGCCGCAGGGAGGAUGAAGAGGCUCUGGAGCGCGCUCGAUCGGAAUAUAGAGCAUUAGAAAAAGGUAACGAGGUGAAGGAUGAAGCUCUGGAGUCGUUGGCGCAGGAGAAGGCCUUUUUGGAGAAGAAGCUCGCCGCCUCUCAGGUAUUGGCGGACGACCUAAAGAGACGGAUGGCCGAGGCAGCUCAGGCCAGCGCCGACGAAUUGGAAAAGGUCGUCCGCCAAGGGGAUGAGGCCCGGCAGGGCCUCGAUCUCCAGACGCGCGAGAUGCAGGUCCUGGUGACCAGAUCUUGGGAGGUUGCCAGAGAGAUGAGGGAUGUUGCUCUCUGCAAGUGCCAGCCACCGGAGGAGGCGAGCAAGAAGUGGAGGCGAGAUCUGGACUCCUCGAUGGCCGGGGACAUAUCGUUGUCGGAUAGUCUAUUGGCUGCAAACAAGUUCAUGGCUCAUUUGAACACCGAGAUGUCGGAAAUUUUCAAAGCCCGAGGUGAGGAGCUGGAGCAGUCGCACGCGGAGAUGAAGAAGACCAUUGCCAUGAUGGGAGCCGAGCUCCAAGACCUCGCAAAGGUUAAUUUCAGGUUGAACAGUGAGCUCUCAAGCGUCCGGGAUGGUUAUCAGUCGCUCAAGGUUGAGGACGCAGAUCUCAAGGUUGAGAUCCUGAGAUUGAAGGAUGAGCUCAGUGGACAGCUGAAAGAGAAGGAGAUGAUCACCAGUAUGUACCAGGCGCAGAUUGAGGAUGCGCGGCGCGAGAAGGAUGAGCUGAGCGGGAAGGUGGAUGAGGUCCGACGAGAGAGGAACAUGAUGAAGAAGAAGAAAGCGGAGCUGGAAGAUGAGAUUGCCGGACUGCGUGAGUCUAUGGCGGAGCUCAAAUCCGAAGUUGGAGAUCUGCGUGCUCUCUCUGAAGACUACGCUAGGGAGAAGGAUGACUCGCUGAAGCUCCUCAGGGAGAAGACACAGCAAGCAGAGGAGCUGAUGCUGGAGUUGGGAGAGCUUGAGAAGGGGAAGCUCGCCAUCGAGAAGGAGCUCGAAGGCCUUCUGGAAGAGAGGGAGAGCCAGGCGAUCCAGGUCCGUUCUCUCGGGGAAGAAAGGUCUUCUCUCCAGAGGAGCCUCGCCGAUGCUGAGGGAAAGGUCAAGUCUCUCCAUAAGCUGAGGGAGCUCGUCCUCUCCAUGCUGAGAAGCGCCGCUGAGGAAGCGCCGCCGGCGAGCGAAACCAGAGAAGGCGACCAGAGCGCCGCCAAGUCCGCCCCCGCGGAGGCCGACGAGGAGGUGCGGCCGUUUGCAUUGGAGAUCGAGGCCCUCCACCGGGGCCUCAAGAGCAGACGAGUGGAAAUCGAAGGCAUGAACCAGGAGCUCAAGCGACACCAGGAGUCGGCGGCGGUCGCCCAGCAGGCAAACUCCCGAUGGAAGUUCUUCUCCUCCGCCAUGGCCGCCGCCGCCGCUCUGCUCUCCAUCGCCUUCGCUGCCAAGGCCCGCUGA